AUGAAUUUAUAGAAUCCAAAUAAAUUAAAAUGGUAACAAUAAUACAUUCGAAAAUACAGAGGUCUGUUGGGAAUAUCAAAGUAUUUUGAUAACGAAGACAAUUAGUCUUAGGGUUUCAGAAGUUCAACCGAUAGCCAAUCACAUAACUCCAGUUUAUUUGGAUCACAUAGAUAGAGCAUCAAAAAUGAGAUCAAGGUCUACGAAAUGCAAUGAUGAGAGUUUCCAAAGCAAAAAUAGUUCUUGUAGUGUUAAUAGAAAACUAUCAGAAAUGAACUCUACCAAAAUAUAUUCAGCUGCUGAAAUGAACAAAAUAAUCAAACAUGCCAAGCUUUGUGGGUUGCUAAAUAAUAAUCCAUAAGUAUCUCUAUAUUAAUAAUAGCAUUAAUCAUUAUUAGAAUAAAAUCUAUGGAACAACAUUAUCAAUCUAAAUUAAGUCAGAAAAGAAGAGAUAUUAAUAUACAAAGAUUGAUUUA